AUGUUGAGAUUGUCGAGUAAUUUAAGACAAUUGAAAAUACAGUCAACCUCACAAAAUAUCUCACACCAACUAAUAUACACCAACAUCACCAAAACAUUCACAACUUCAUCAACUUUAAACGCAUUACCAAGACAAAAAGAAGGUAAAUCAAAACAAAUAUUAAGAAGAAAAGUUAUUGAAAAAGAUAAAGUUAAAAAAUCUACUGGAUUAACUCAUUUACCUUUCCCUAAAGCUGUACAAAAUUUAAAAUUAGAUAAAUUAGCUCCAUCAUUGGGCAAUAUUGAACCAAUUUCAACUCAAAAUUUAACUACUGGAACAGUAACCAAAUAUUCACCACCUACAGAAAUCAAAUUGAAAGAAUUUGAAGCUUUUAAAAAAUUCCAACAUCAUGAAUUAUUCCAACAUCCAAUAUCAUUAAUUACAUCAAAUACUUUAAAUAUCUACAAUUCAUUUGUUAAGAAUUUAAAUCAAGAAUCAAAGACAAAUAGAAAAUAUAUAGAUGGAAUAAAAGGUGUAGGGAAAUCAACAUUAAUUAAUCAAGCAUUAGCUUUAUCUAUUGAAGAAACUAAAGGUGAAGUAAUAAUAUUACAUUUAUCAUCAGCAGAUAUAAUAGGGAAUGGAUCAUCAGAUUAUUUCUUUAAUAAUAAAUUAAAUUUGUAUCAACAACCAAUGGCUACUAAAAGAUGGUUAAAAAAAAUCCUUAAAGUUAAUGAAGAAAAUUUUAAAAAAUUAAAAUUAACUAAAGAUAUAAGUUUUUUCAAAGAUAAAGUUAAAAUAGAAUUAAAAGCUAAUAAUAAUACAUUAUAUGAUUAUUUAUCACAAAAUAGAGAAAUUAAUACUAGUCAACCAACAAAUAGUUUCCAAUUUUUUAUAGAACAAUUACAAGAUCAUUCCAAAACCAUCCCAAUAAUAAUAUCAAUUGAUGAUUUUAAUUCAUUUAGUGAUUUCUCAAUAACAAAAUAUAAAAAUCCAGAUUAUAAACCAAUUCAUAUUAAAGAAUUUGAAUUAGGGAAAUUUUUAUUAGAUGUAUCUAGUGGUGAUUUAAAUUUUAUAAAAGGUGGUGUAUUAUUAGCUAAAUCUUUUGAUUUUGCACCAUCUAGAAAAACUACACAAGUUGCAGUAUAUCCAAAAGAAGAUUAUGAUCCAUAUAUGAAAUAUCCAAAUUUAGAUAUGUCAGUAUCAAAAAAAUUAUCAAGAAAUGGAGGUAUAUCACCUAUAAAAAUGAAUUUAAUGACAAAAGAUGAAGUUAGAUCAUUAUUACAAUUUUGGAAAGAUCAACAAGUUUUAAUUGUUAGAAAAGAUUACAAUAAAAAGGAUUUUAAUAAACAAGAAGAAAUAGUAGAAGUUGAAACUGAGGAACAACCAGAGUUUAAUGCUGAUAAACAAUUUGAAAAAUUAGUUCAAUCUUCAUUUGUAGUAUCUCAAGGUAAUCCAUACGGUAUAUUAAAACAAAAUUUAAUAAGUUAUUAA